CUAUAUUUAUAGCGAUUGCUGUAUAGUCGGCCAUUGUGUAUGUGUUGUUCGUUGAAAAAUGAUAUCAGUUUUACUUUGGACUUUAUAUUUGUAUGUUGGUAACUUGCAGAGAGUGGAAACAGUUAAAAUAUUCAAAAAUUUAAUCGUACCUGAACAGAAGGCUUAUACAAGAUACCAACCAACUAUUGCUUCUAAGACUUGCCUGCUGAUACCUGACACUGGUCCGUGUCGCAGUAGAAUUAGUAUGUGGUACUUCAAUAGUAAAGACAAAGAGUGUCAAACGUUUGAAUGGGGAGGCUGCCAAGGUAAUGGUAACAGGUUCGAUUCGAAGGAAGCAUGUUGGGAUUAUUGUAUGACUAAGCCUGGAAAACGUCGUCCUAGGUACUGCAACCUGGCGUUCGAUUAUGGUUUCUGUUUUGGGGCCUCACAGAGGUACUAUUACGACUCUAAGUGGCAAGUCUGUAAGUCUGCCCUCUAUUCUGGUUGUGGUGGUAACAAGAAUAACUUCUACAGCAGAGAAAUGUGUGACCAAAUAUGUCGCUUCGGGAAUAAGGGAGUAUCUAAGAGAACUUCAACAACUGGUGGUGGUAAGAAGGUUAUCAUUAUCAAUCCAGACAGCACCACUGAGAAACGAACCCGAAUUCAAAGCGGUAACGAUUCUACGACUGCAGCAGCAAUCUUGAAAUACAUAGGAUAGCACCAGAAUUGAAAAAAGUACAACUAGCCAAUUUAUUUCAUAAUUUUAAUUAUCAUCCACGACUAGACUGUACCUUAACAAAGGCUUAGUCCUCUUACAUAUCCCAAUCCCCCCCUCAUUUCUAACCCCCAAUUCUCAAAUCUCAAAAAGUAUACAUAAACAUUUUUUUACGUUAAAAGAUUUUAAUGUAUGGUCAUCAAGAAUAAGAGUGUGUGUGAUCUGUCGUCAGGAAAGGGGAGAAAUUCGAAUUACUAAAUUUGACCUAAACAAACAAACAGGUCAAGUUAAAAGUCGGCAACGCUUUUGUAACUCCUUUGGUGUUGCGAAUGUCCUUGAGCGGCACCUUACUGUUUGCCGUCGUAUCUCAUAAAAAAAUCAUCGUCAUCGACAGAGGUCCACUGACGGACAUAAGACAAUAAGACCAUUACACCAACUAUCCCCGGCCACCGCCACUCCUAUUAUUUCCCUGUAUAGCAAAUAACUUGGCUGGCUGUAUAAACGUAUCUAAAUAUUGUAAGUUCUAUUUCAAAAUCAUCUUUUUAUAUUCUAUUGUGACAUUUUUAUUAUCUUAAAGCCUAACUGCCGUACUCAAAGACAUUUAAU